CAGCCGGUCAUGCAUAAAAUAUUAUACAUACAAAGAGGUGCAGUGCGACUUUAGAUUACAUACAUUAAUUAAUGCCCAGACAGACAUCCUAAGCAAGGGGGGAAAAUAUAUAUGUAAUAUAAAUAAAUACCGGCCACAGUGAGAGAGGGUGGGUCCCACUGAAAUACAAGAAAGAAAGAGUUUUCUUUCCUUUUUUGGUCAUUAUAUAAGAGCCUUAUCAAUCAAUCAGUCGCAUGUUCAAGUAAUCAUUCUCUCAAGCAAGCAAUGUUAACGUAGUAGUACGGCCCAUAAAAGAAAAGAAACUUUACUUGAGUUGAGUGAGCUGAGAUCGAUCAACAAUAGCUACAGCACAGUCCAUAUUGAUAUAUGUUCGAUCGAGAGUAAUUAAGGUUAAGGAUCGAUCAGAGGGAUCGUGAGAGGAUAUUAAAGGAACAGGUAGCAUGGAGUAUGGUGCGUUUGGGAGCUUGUCGGAGUGUGAAGAAGAUUUGAUCGAGGAGUUGCUGGAAAAAGGUUGCUGGGUGGAAACGAAUGGGAGCAGCGAGGCACAGUACGACAUAGAGCAAGAAUUAGCCAUGCCCAUGGGGAAGACCACAUGGUGGAUUGGACCCAAGGGGCCUGUGUCUGGGUCAUCUUCAUCCGUGAAAGAGAGAUUGGUGGUUGCGGUGGGCUACUUGAGAGAAUACACAAAGAACAACAACGCCGCCAACGUGCUCAUUCAGAUAUGGGUUCCCAUACGGAGGAUGACAGGCCUUCUUGCCAUUGGCCUUGGGCCCGAUGAGUCGGUUUCGGUUGCUUUUCCUUUUCCGACCAACAUGAACAUGAACAUGAAGUCGAACGUAAACAUUCGGUUCUUUAGAAGCCAUGAGUACCCGCGAAUUCCUUAUGAAUAUGGAUCCUUGGCACUUCCUGUCUUCGAAAGAGGCAGUGGCACAUGCCUGGGUGUCCUCCAGAUUGUAAUGCCAGCAGCUCGCUGGGACACAAUCAACUAUCUCCCUCAACUUGACAACAAUAAUAAUAAUAAUGCUUUCCAGGGCAUGAUUCCAGGUGGUGUUGUAAAGGUAUUUGACGAGGAUGAGGUGUACGAAGCAUCAGUGAACGAGAUGAUGGAGGUGGUGAGGUGUGUGUGCAAGACGCAGAAUGUGCCUUUGGCUCUGACAUGGGCUCCUUGCGUCCAACAACUAUGUGUGGAUUGUGGGCAUUCAAGGGAUGAGAACAACUAUGUGUCGAUUGUGGACAGAGCGUGUUUUGUGGGGGAUGGUCAGCCCCAGCUAUUGGGGUUCCAGGAGGCCUGCUCUCAGCACCACCUUUUCCGCGGACAAGGAAUUGUCGGUACGGCCUUCACAACUGCCAAGCCCUGUUUUGCUAUGGACAUAACCGCCUUCACCAAGGCCGAAUAUCCUCUCUCUCACCACGCCAACAUCUUUGACUUGCAUUCUGCCGUCGCUAUUCCUCUAAGGACUUCUUCUUAUCCCCAUUUUGAUUUUGUCUUGGAGUUCUUCCUUCCCAAACACUGCCCUGACCACAACCUCUUCCUCAACUCCUUAUCUAUUCUCCUUCAACAAGCUUGCCCCACCUUCCAUCUUUCUGCUCCCAUCCAUGAUGAUGUAUUUACCUCCUUGCCCUCUGAAUCCCAGUCCCAGCAGGCUUCCUGGAUCGCACAUAUGAUUGAUGCCCAAUCCCAACACAAGGACAAUGGGAAAGGUGUGUGCUUGUCCUUGGAUUUCCUGGAAGAAGAACCCAAAGAGGAGUUCAAAGUCACAACAACUCACUGUAACUGGGACACCACUGCCACUAGUACUUAUCAUUCACACGACCAUGUCGUGUUUUCAGAUUUUGGAGAAGAAUCUCAAUCUCAAUCUCAAUCUCAAACUCACACAUUUGGUGUGAAGCGUGGCAGAAAACCAGGAGAGAAGAGACGAACCAAGGCCGAGAAGACUAUCAGCUUGCCAGUUCUAAGGCAAUACUUUGCAGGAAGCCUAAAAGAUGCGGCUAAGAGCAUUGGCGUGUGUCCCACAACUCUGAAAAGGAUAUGCAGACAACAUGGCAUAACGCGAUGGCCUUCAAGGAAAAUAAAGAAGGUGGGGCACUCUUUGAAGAAACUACAACUUGUAAUUGAUUCGGUACAGGGUGCCGAGGGUGCCAUACAGAUCGGAUCCUUCUAUAACAGUUUUCCGGAGUUGAGCUCUAGAGCUUCUCAAUCAUCCUCUCCUGCAGCACAAAGCCCUCCUCAUGUUCCUCAACAACCCUUGAGAGUGAAGGCUACUUUUGCGGAUGAAAAAAUCCGUUUUAGCUUGCAACCACUUUGGGGGUUCACAGAAUUGCAGUUGGAAAUUUCAAGGCGCUUCAACCUAAGCGAUGUUAGCAACGCCAACAACGUGGUUCUAAAGUAUUUGGAUGAUGACGGAGAGUGGGUUGUUUUAGCCUGCGAUGGCGAUCUUGAGGAGUGUAAAGACUUGCAUACAACGUCUCAGAGCCGCACAAUUAGACUCGCCCUAUUUCAAGCUUCUCCUCUUAAUAAUCAACCAAAUUCAUAUACUUUCGCCAACACCACCAGCACUCCUUCUUCUUCUUAAUUAACACCUUCGUUUCCAUCCUAGGCGUCUCUCUAUCUGUACCGUCACAUUUGUAUUGCUGUUGUUUUGCUUUUACUUGUUAGACCCCAUCCAGCUUAUGAGAUGAGACGAGAACCAUUUUAUUUAUAUUUGUUACUUCUCUUAAUUUCUUAUUAAAAUGCUAACUUUGCCUUA